UUGUCAGUGUGUGCGCUGUGUGUGUGCCAGAUCUGUGCUGCAUUUUGCGUUAUUCCGAACAUGGCGGCUUCCUCGUCCUCGGGAGGCGGCCCCGGGGGCCCCGGUACCGGGAACCCCACGGGAGCCUCAGGUCUGACUGCGGCCAUUACCGGCACCAUGAACAAGAAGAAGAAGCCGUUCCUGGGCAUGCCUGCCCCGCUGGGCUAUGUACCUGGCCUGGGCAGAGGUGCCACAGGUUUCACCACCCGUUCUGAUAUUGGUCCUGCUCGUGAUGCAAACGAUCCUGUUGAUGAUCGCCAUGCUCCCCCAGGGAAGAGGACUGUUGGUGACCAGAUGAAGAAAAAUCAGGCGGAUGAUGAUGAUGAAGAUUUGAAUGACACCAAUUAUGAUGAGUUUAAUGGUUAUGCUGGAAGCUUGUUCUCGAGUGGCCCUUACGAGAAAGAUGACGAGGAGGCAGAUGCAAUAUAUGCUGCACUGGAUAAGCGAAUGGAUGAAAGGAGGAAAGAAAGAAGAGAGCAGAGAGAGAAAGAAGAAAUUGAGAAAUAUCGUAUGGAGCGCCCAAAAAUCCAGCAGCAGUUUUCAGAUUUGAAGAGGAAACUGGCCGAAGUAACAGAAGAAGAAUGGAUGAGCAUCCCUGAGGUGGGUGAUGCACGUAAUAAACGCCAGAGAAACCCACGUCAUGAAAAGCUAACGCCUGUUCCAGACAGUUUCUUUGCCAAGCACUUGCAGACCGGAGACAGCCAUACAAGUGUCGACCCACGCCAGGCGCAAUUUGGAGGUUUGAACUCCCCAUUUCCUGGAGGACUCAAUUCCCCAUACCCUGGAGGAAUGACUCCUGGCUUGAUGACUCCUGGCAGUGGCGAACUGGACAUGAGGAAGAUUGGACAGGCUAGAAACACAUUGAUGGACAUGAGACUGAGUCAGGUUUCUGACUCUGUGAGCGGCCAGACAGUGGUUGACCCUAAAGGAUACCUGACAGAUCUGAACUCUAUGAUCCCAACACAUGGAGGAGACAUAAAUGAUAUUAAGAAAGCUCGUUUGCUAUUGAAGUCUGUGCGAGAAACGAACCCCCAUCAUCCUCCUGCCUGGAUCGCGUCCGCUCGUCUUGAGGAAGUUACUGGCAAGCUGCAGGUGGCCCGAAAUCUCAUUAUGAAAGGCACAGAGAUGUGUCCCAAGAGUGAAGAUGUGUGGCUGGAAGCUGCCCGCCUGCAGCCAGGGGACACUGCAAAAGCUGUGGUCGCUCAAGCUGUUCGUCACCUCCCACAGUCUGUCCGGAUUUACAUCCGUGCAGCAGAGCUGGAGACAGAUCUCAGAGCUAAGAAACGAGUCCUCCGGAAAGCUCUGGAGCAUGUUCCAAACUCUGUGCGCUUGUGGAAGGCAGCCGUGGAGUUGGAGGAGCCAGAGGAUGCCAGGAUCAUGUUGAGUCGUGCUGUGGAGUGCUGUCCAACCAGUGUGGAGCUGUGGCUAGCCCUGGCUAGGCUGGAGACCUAUGAAAAUGCCAGAAAAGUCCUGAAUAAAGCGCGAGAAAACAUCCCCACAGACAGACACAUCUGGAUCACAGCUGCCAAGCUGGAGGAAGCCAAUGGAAACACACAGAUGGUGGAGAAGAUCGUUGACAGAGCCAUUACUUCUUUGAGAGCCAACGGGGUGGAAAUAAACCGCGAGCAGUGGAUACAGGAUGCAGAAGAGUGUGAUAAGGCAGGAAGCGUGGUGACGUGUCAUGCUGUGAUCAGAGCCGUCAUUGGCAUUGGAAUCGAAGAAGAGGAUCGAAAACAUACGUGGAUGGAAGAUUCAGAAAGUUGUGUCUCCCACGGCGCUCUAGAGUGCGCACGUGCCAUUUAUGCCCACGCUCUACAAGUCUUUCCCAGCAAAAAAAGUGUCUGGCUCCGGGCUGCCUAUUUUGAGAAGAACCAUGGAACUAGGGAAUCUCUGGAGACACUGCUGCAGCGAGCUGUUGCCCAUUGUCCUAAAGCAGAGGUUUUGUGGUUGAUGGGAGCCAAGUCAAAAUGGCUGGCUGGCGAUGUGCCAGCGGCCAGAAGUAUUCUUGCAUUGGCCUUCCAGGCCAAUCCAAACAGCGAGGAGAUCUGGCUGGCUGCCGUCAAACUGGAGUCUGAGAACAACGAAUACGAGAGAGCGAGAAGGCUGCUGGCUAAGGCAAGAAGUAGCGCAUCUACGGCAAGGGUGUUCAUGAAAUCCGUGAAGCUGGAGUGGGUUCUGGGUAAUAUCGAGGCAGCCCAGGAGUUGUGUGAAGAGGCGCUACAUCACUAUGAGGACUUCCCCAAGCUCUGGAUGAUGAAGGGACAAAUUGAAGAGCAGCAGGAACUUAUUGAAAAUGCACGGGAGGCUUAUAAUCAGGGGCUGAAGAAAUGCCCCCAUUCUACCCCACUGUGGCUACUGUUAUCCAGACUGGAGGAAAAGGUGGGGCAACUAACAAGGGCCAGAGCCAUCUUGGAGAAAUCUCGUCUGAAAAACCCCAAAACCGCUGAGCUGUGGUUGGAGUCUGUGCGUCUGGAAUUCAGAGCUGGACUGAAGAACAUCGCUAACACGUUAAUGGCUAAAGCUCUGCAGGAGUGCCCCAACUCAGGUAUCCUCUGGGCCGAAGCAGUGUUUCUGGAGGCGAGGCCACAACGGAAGACAAAGAGUGUGGACGCCCUGAAAAAGUGUGAACACGACCCACACGUAUUGCUGGCUGUGGCCAAACUUUUUUGGAGUGAGCGUAAAAUUACGAAGGCACGGGAAUGGUUUCACCGAACUGUAAAGAUUGAUUCUGAUCUCGGAGAUGCCUGGGCAACCUUCUACAAGUUCGAACUGCAGCACGGAACAGAGGAACAGCAGGAGGAAAUCAAAAAAAGGUGUGAAAACGCAGAACCGCGUCACGGGGAACUCUGGUGCAAAGAAUCAAAGGAUAUAGAAAACUGGCAGCAAAAGAUUGGCGAGAUUCUCAUCCUUGUGGCAGCCAAGAUAAAGAAUACCUUUUGAGACUUUUUUUUUUUUAUAUAUAAUUGUACCAUCUGCAGAGAAAGCUAUUCGUCGUGAAGCCUUCCUCGUCUUGAGAUGCCACACGUCCAUGUAUUUAAGUUUCUAUAAAUAGUUUUUAAUGGUGUGAUUGCUUCUCUUGUCCUCAUCAAUCUGUGUCUUUUAGGCUCUGGAUAAAUCUGAGUAGAGAGGGGUAAUAGUUCUGUGCAUUGUUACAGAGCCCAGAUAAUGUUAUUUUCUGUGAAAAUUCUGCACCGCAUAGAAUGCCGUGUGUGCACAAAACAUUGUCAAUACAAUCAAUUGCUAACAGGCUAUAUACAGAAGUAUGAUGUGGUGUAGGUCAUUUCAUGUAAUACCAUAAGCCUGCCACCUGGGGGCGGCAAGGGGACUCUAUCACUGCACAGUGCAAGUUAUGAUGCAUUUAAGAACCGUUUCUUUAUACUUGUAAUUUGACGACGAACAACUUUGACUUCUGGCAAAUGACAAACUGUGAGCAACAUUAUUGCAAAGGUCUUGAGAUUACCUACAGAAGGUUUAGCAAUGUUUUAACAAGUAAUUUAUGGGAGACUGUCACUUCUCUGUAACUUACACCAUUUAAUAAAACAUUGAAAAUC